UGGCAGCUGUCAGGUCCACAUCGUAGAGUGUGACUCAGUUAGCAUGCUAGCUAACCGGCAGCGGGGCGUUGGUUUUUGAUCUUAGACGCCUUAUAGUCGAAUCGCCUGUGACCCCGGUCUGUGUCUCUGUUCGUCUGACAGGUGCGGUCGUUCCCUCUCUGACACUUGGACCCCCCCUCCUCCCCUCCCGGCAUGGCUGCAGACUCGAUGGAGAUUGACGACUCUCUUUACAGUCGCCAGCGAUAUGUGCUGGGAGACAGUGCUAUGCACCAGAUGGCCCAGUCGUCAGUCUUUCUCAGCGGAAUGGGAGGACUGGGAGUGGAGAUAGCAAAGAAUAUCGUCCUGGCCGGUGUGAAGGCAGUCACCCUUCAUGACACAAAACAAUGUGAGACCUGGGAUCUGGGCACCAACUUCUUUAUCCGCAAAGAGGAUGUGUUGAACAGCAGAAAGAGGGUGGAGGCGGUAGGCCCUCGGGUCGCAGAGUUGAACCCCUAUGUUCAUGUUGACAUGUCUUCCUCUGCCCUUGAUGACAACACGGAUCUCAGUUUUCUUAGCCAGUAUCAGUGUGUGAUCAUGACCCAAGCCAGGUUGAACCUACAGAAGAGAGUAAAUGAGUUCUGCCACUCACAACAACCCCCCAUCAAAUUCAUUGGGUGUGACGCCUACGGCAUCUGUGUGCGGGUGUUCUGCGAUUUCGGGGAAGAGUUUGAGGUCUCUGAUCCCACAGGAGAGGAGCCCAAGGAGAUUUUCAUCCAAACUAUCAGUCAGGACAGUCCAGGAGUGGUAACAUGCAUGGACAACCAACCCCACGGCCUGCAGACCGGCCAGAGUGUUGUGUUUAGAGAGGUCAAUGGCAUGGCCGAACUCAACGGCACUGCACGACAGGUCUCAGUCCUUUCCCCUCAUAGUUAUGCAAUAGGAGAUACAUCCCAAUUACAACCAUAUGCACAUGGAGGAUUCUUUUUCCUGGUGAAAACCCCUAAGACAUACACAUUUGAAACGAUAGAGAGGCAGUUGUGUGAUCCUCAGGUCCUGACACCAGACUUCAGUAAACCAGAGGCUCCUCUUCAGAUCCAUGCAGCCAUGUUGGCUUUGGACACCUUCCAGGAGCAACACGGCCGACUUCCCAGCAUCGGGUGUUUACAAGAUGCUGAGGUUUUACUGAAGCUAACUGAGGAAGUGAACGCUACCCUGAGGAACAAAGCUCCUGUUAAUGCUGAGCUGGUGAGCUGCCUGUCGAGGACGGCGAUGGGAACUCUUCCACCUUUAGCUGCAGCUGUAGGAGGCCUAGCCAGCCAGGAAGCUCUCAAGGCCAUCACAGGGAAGUUUGCACCACUACAGCAAUGGUUUUACCUUGAUGCCAUCGAAGUUGUUAGGCCUCUUCAGUCUCUUACUGCCGAGGAGUUCAUUCCCAGGGGCGACCGGUAUGACGGAUUACGAGCUUGCAUCGGCGAAUCUAUGUGUCUUGAACUGCACAAGCUCAGAGUCUUCAUGGUCGGCUGUGGUGCCAUAGGCUGUGAGAUGUUGAAAAACUUUGCUCUGCUUGGGGUUGGAUUGGCCAAGUGCUCAGGAGAGGUGUGCAUUACAGACCCGGACCUCAUAGAAAAGUCCAACCUCAACAGGCAGUUUCUAUUCAGGCCACAUCAUAUACAAAAACCGAAGAGUACCACAGCGGCAGAAGCCACUUGCGAUAUCAACCCCGACCUGCAGGUGGAUGCUCACCUCAACAAGGUGUGUCCGGCUACCGACAAUAUCUACAGUGACUCCUUCUAUUCUGGCAUGAACCUGGUGGUCACGGCGCUGGACAACGUGGAGGCCCGGAGAUAUGUAGACAGUCGCUGUGUAUCCAAUCAGAGACCUCUCCUUGACUCGGGAACCAUGGGAACUAAAGGACACACAGAAAUCAUUGUGCCAAAUUUGACAGAGUCCUACAAUAGCCAUAGAGACCCCCCAGAGGAGGAAAUCCCAUUCUGCACGCUCAAAUCUUUCCCCUCUGUCAUCGAGCACACUAUCCAGUGGGCCAGAGACAAGUUUGAGAAUGCAUUUGCCCACAAGCCCUCCGUGUACAACCUGUUCUGGCAGACGCACUCCUCGGCUGAAGCGGUGCUACAGAGGAUGCAGGUAGGGGACAGCCUGGAGGCGUCAUUUCAGGUCAUUAAGCUGCUAAGCAGACGACCUAGUCUAUGGGAACAAUGCAUUGCUGUAGCCCGUCUGAAGUUUGAAAAGUAUUUCAAGAGAAAGGCCCUACAACUUUUGUACUCUUUCCCCCUGGACACAAGGUUAAAAGAUGGAAGUUUGUUUUGGCAAUCCCCUAAAAGACCUCCAGCACCCAUUGAUUUUGACUUGAACGACUCUUUGCACUUCACUUUCAUCAUCAGCACUGCUCGGCUUUUCGCGGGGAUUUAUAACAUCCCAUACUCAGAAAAGGACCUCUCCAAAGAGGCAGUGGCCAGGAUUCUCUCUGACGUCAAGAUUCCUGAGUACAGGCCUUCAGAGAAAUGUAUAGAGACAGACGAGACAGUAAGGAAGCCUGAUCAGACGAAGAUGUCUCAAAGCAGUCAUGAGGAGAGGGAGGCCAUCACACAGCUAGAGCAGGCCAUAGCUGCUGACCGCGUCACCCCUGAGAGAUUGCAGAUGCGGCUGCUGCAGUUUGAGAAGGACGACGACAGCAACGGCCACUUGGACUAUGUCACGUCAGCAUCUGCUCUCCGGGCGAGGAUGUACUCCAUCGAGCCGGCUGACAGACUCAAGACCAAGCGAAUCGCUGGCAAGAUCAUCCCUGCCAUCGCCACGGCAACGGCUGCUGUGGCUGGACUGGUGGCUCUCGAGUUAAUCAAGGUGGUUGGAGGCUACGGGUUUGAAUCUUUCAACAACUGCUUCUUUAACCUGGCCAUCCCUGUAGUGGUGCUCACCGAGCCUGCACCAGUCAAACGGACACUCAUUAGGGACGACAUCUACUUCUCCAUCUGGGACUGUUGGACUAUUUUUGGCCAUGAGGACUUCACUCUGUCUGACUUGAUAAAUGCCGUGAAAGAGAAGUAUGGAAUUGAACCCACGAUGGUUGUCCAUGGUGUGAAAAUGCUCUACGUGCCUGUGAUGCCUGGACACUCAAAGAGACUUAAAUUGACGAUGCAGAAGCUGAUCAAGCCGUCAGUGGACCGCCGCUAUGUCGACCUGACGAUGUCAUUUGCUCCGGAGGCAGAUGGAGACGAGGACCUAGCUGGUCCUCCCGUCAGGUACCACUUCAGCCGGGAUGGAGAGACGCCAUGACACCUUUCAAAAAGUCGUCCUUAAACCUCUUGUGUCCUUACUUCCCUUCCUGUAUAUUGAUGUGCCCCAGUAACCUGGGCCAGGGGCCAAGAGCUUUCCCUCAGGAUGUUAUCUGACAAAGGCAAAGCUCCUGGUCCCAGCACAAGCCCUCUCCCCCUGUACUUCAUGGAGCAAGAAGAAGCGAGUCCUGGUCCCAGUUUUUCUAGCCAGUGGAACACGAGGCGGCUCGAGUAACAUUUAAAUGUACCUGUGUACAUAUAUUUUCUCUGUUCUGUUUUCUACUGGUGAAAUGCACAGCUCUGCCUGUGUCGAUGCCUUAAUUGAUAAAUAACCUCUUUCUGUUUGUGGCAGUGAGUCUGACUAAAAAGUAUGUUUACAGAAACCUGCAUACUCCCAAAAUAAAGACCCACGAGUCUCAUAUCUGUUUUAAAUCUGCUCGGACUGCCGGAGCAAUGAAGUGGAUUUGUAGGCAUCGUGUCUUCUUCUUCCUCAGAGUCCUCUGCUUGGGUUUGAACAUAUUGCUGACAACAGAAUUAUCCAGUUGUCAGUCAUCUCUCCUCAUAGCAACAGGUGGAGCCAGUAUUUGUUGUUUUUAAAUUAAAGGUGCAGCAGGUCAGUGGACAGUGAUUGUUCUCUUUUCAUCAUCACACUGAUAGCAUCAUAAAACAUGUAUAUCAAGAGGUAUUGCUCAAAGGUUAAAGGGCAACACACACCGCUGCAUCUCGAUGAGCUUCAUCAUCGACUCUUUGCCUCCCAGUCAACUGAUGUAGGUGAUGUGUGGUGCACUUAACAAUGCGGGUAAAACCACCUCUAGUUGUAGCUGCUCGUCUUACCUGUUUUAUUAGGUAACCACAUCGUUAACACAUUUGGGAAACCAUGUUAAAUAAUAAAGUUCAAUGGCUGUUUCACACAGACAUUUUCUGGAAUUACUCUUAAAACACCUUUUAAGAAAAAUUUGUUGCUGUUAAUGUAUUUCUUGCAUUUGUUUAUGGAUAUGUGUCCAUGCCGUGUAUUUAUUUACUUCCUACUCAUUUUUUUGUGUCAAUCUGAGCCUGUGUUGAGCUCUGUUGAGUCAUGGUUCACUGGUUAAUCAACAGCUGCAGGAAUAUGUCGCCCUUCUGUUCAAUUUCAGGAGGAGGAUGUGAAGAGGAUCUUUGAAGUGGUCCUCAUUGGCCUGUGCAAAUUAACAAAAAUGUUAAUGUAGUUUUGAAUGGAUUGAGUAAUGAAAAAAUCCAGUUUCUAUAAUUUGAAGUUAUCGGACAUAUUCAAGUCUCUGACCAUUACCAGAGGUGGUGAAUUUCUCUUGGCAGAAGAAAAUCUCUCAUACUGACUCAUUCUGACAACACUUGUGCAGUGAAUGUCAUAAGUGUAAAACAACAUAGUUUUAAUGAGCUACAAUGAUGAUGUAUGUUCUUGUGACAGACAACUCAACCAAUGGUCCAAUAAAAUGAGAGAAUUCUGGAUGUCCUUGAGACAACAGCUGCUCCAAGUCUUUGUUUCGUUUAAAAUUUCAUCCUAGUGGAGCUGAAACGAAAUUAUUGAAAAACCUUUCUGAUCGAUUGUUUAGGUAUAAUUUCUUACAUUAGAAGUUUUGCUGCCUCUGUCAUAUCACAGUGAACUGAAUAUUUUGUUUAAGUGAAACAUUUAUUUGUUUUGUUACAUUUUAUAGACAAAUGACUAAUCAACACAUUAAUAUAUUGUUAAAAUAACCAUUUGUCAAUUUAUUAAAUAACAGAAAUUCAUCUUGUAUAAAAUAUCCUGUAUUAAUAAAUAAAAUUUAAUUUUCA